AUGGGUUGUACAAAAUAUUUACUGCCAGUAGAUGGCAAGACAAAAAUAGUACUAUCGAUUACAACAAUACUGCCCAUUACUAACCCGGGUGGCCGUGGUUUGGGUGCAGGCGUUUGGUUAGCAGUAGACAGUACUGUUGUAAUCACUAGUAGUAUUUCUUCUCCCCAUCCACCAGCAGUACAAAAUGGUGAACAUUUUAGUAACAAUAUAGUUACAUUGCAAGUAGAGAAGUUUUGUAAUGAGACUUGUGAUGAUAAUGUCAAUUUUUAUGAAGAUGAAUUGACAAGAAGCAUUCCUAUUGCUAAUGAUUCAGAAGGUGACCCGUUAUUUAAAAAAAAAAAGAAGAAAAAGAAUAGAGAUAAAAAAAUGGUACAAAAAGAUAAACAUUUAAAAGAGGAUACAUCUAUUUUGAAUGUAGUACAAUUUUAUAAUGAAACCAUUGAUGACAAUGUCAAGUAUUUGAAUAAAAUCAAUAUAAGUGCUCCCAAUUUAAAUAAAGAAGAUUUUACAACAAUUAUUCAAAUUGCAAAUGCUUCAGAAGAUGACGAAGAAUUGACAUUGUUAAAAAGUCCAUUCAAAAAGAUUAAGAGAAAGAAGAAAAAAUCUAAGAUGGAAAUAAAUGAUGGUACCCAGUCUUCAAAAUAUGUUACUAUACAAAAAAAUCUUAAAAAUAUGGAAGACUUGAAAAAAAAUGUAUCCAAAGAGCAGUCAAAUGAGAUUCACAAUGGUAAAAUUUGCAUCUUACAAAAAUGUCUUCUGAAAUAA